CUCUUCCCUAUUAGGACACAACACUGCAGUCAUGCUUACACCUACACAACUCCUCUCAGAAGUUGUGUGCAGUACAGUAUAACUGUGCUAUUCAUGCCUGUUUAGGUUGUCUUUUGUUCGUUUAGCUUGGAGAAAGGGAAGAGAAAUUGUUUUUUUUAGUUUAACAUAAAAUUGCUUUUUAAAAAAAGAAACACGCAGGAGAUGCAAAAUGACUUUAUUUGGACUGUCGUUUUUUGUUCUGGCUUCAUCCUGCUUCUUUACCGUCUAUAGCAGGCCGACAGGUGGCCACCUGCGCAACAUGGACAGCUUCAUCCGAGCCGUGCAGCAGGUGGAAGACUCCAACCCUGGUCUGUGCUCGCUGGCUCUGGUCCGUGCCCUGCGGAGAACCGCCGGCCACGAUGAUGGGAUGACCAUCCAUUUUUUGGGUGCCUCGUAUAAUCUCACGGAUGCUGAGCUCCUAGAGACAGCCAUUCUCAAUGCCUCGUCCUUUAGCUUCUUUGACAAGGCCAUCCACCACAUUGUGACAGAUUACGGAGAGGAGCGAGGGGUGGUUCUUGCUCCAGAUGGCACCACUGUUGCCCUUGCACCCUUACUGCAAGGAAUCGAAGCGGGACUGAAAGCCAAAAUGGAAGGGGCGCCAGCUGUUGGGAUCUUCUCUCUCACCUUAGGUAGGACGCUGGGCUUGUCCUUCCUCAGCCUCCAGGACUUCCCGCCAUCUAGUCGGCUGGGGCCUAACGGUUGCUGGGACAACGUGGACCAUCCUAAGUUGUUCAAGCUGUCUCGGCCUCCCACACUGGCCACUGAUGCUGUUAUUAAUGGGGGCAUGGAUGGAGCUAUACUGGGCACGGACCUCAGCAACCUACCUGCAUCUGAACAGCCGCAGGCCCUCAGUGAGGUGUUGAAAGGAUACUAUAGUUUUACCCUGCAUGAGGGGCAGGGUCUUGAUGCUGUGACCAGCCACGUCAGCCCGAGGCGAAGGGAGAUCUCUAGAUCCAUUCUGGAGCCACUCAAUCUUCACAGCCAGGUGAUGGAGACACUAGCGUUAGUCUGGACGUUGGAGAAGACAGAAUGGAUUGCUCUGGACACUGGAGUGGGGAAGGCGGUGAAGGAUGGAUUACAGGCAUUUGUGCACAAGUACUGGGACUGCCCUCAAAUCAUCUCUCGUUGUCAGUGGGGGGCAAAAGCCUACCAGAGUACACCGAUCCCACUGUCUCUGCCCCUCCAAUUUCUCUAUGUUCACCACACCUAUGAGCCAUCCUCGCCCUGUUUAUCCUUCCCAAAUUGCUCUCGCGGCAUGAGAGCCAUGCAGCGUUUCCACCAGGAAGAUCGUGGUUGGAACGACAUAGGAUACAGCUUUGUGGUCGGCUCUGACGGCUUCGUCUAUGAAGGCAGAGGUUGGCACCACCUCGGCACACACACCAGGGGGCACAAUUCUAUCGGGUAUGGUGUGUCAAUCAUCGGUAACUACACUGCCACCCUGCCGUCUCGCCACGCCAUGGACCUGCUGCGCCAUCGUCUAGUGAAAUGUGCAGUAGAUGGAGGAGGACUGGCUGCCAACUUCACCAUCCACGGCCACAGACAGGUGGUGAACUACACCUCCUGCCCCGGAGACGCCUUCUUUUCAGAAAUACAAAGCUGGGAACACUUCAGGGAAUGACAAGACCCCCACUGCCAGCUCGAGGGAAACCGAUUGUCCAAAAACAGAAGAAUAAACAGACUGGCCAUCUGUAAUAAAUGUGAUUGUUUCUAA